CAGGCCUGUGCUGAGACCCAGCGUCCGCACGGUAGCGGACGCCUUUAUGGAAAAGGUCGGAGUGGGACUAGGACAGUCACCUUCAGCUUUUGCACGCAACCAGAUGAUUUGCCUUCGGGCUCUGAGCCUUCAAAGCACUUGACUUGAUCUUUUAUCUGUAUUGGUCCAGGCCCUUCAGUCAAGCAGAAAGCUUAUAAGGCAGCUUUGAUUAAACAUGACCUCCUUGUUUGCUCAAGAAAUUCGCCUUACUAAGAGACAUGAAGAAAUAGUAUCACAAAGAUUAAUGUUACUUCAACAAAUGGAGAAUAAAUUUAUAGAUGAAAACAAGGGAAACGCAUCUCAGAUGCAAGCAGCUGAGACUGCUUUUAAAAGGAACCUCAGUCUUUUAAUGGAUCUAGAAGCCGCAGAAAAGUCUCUGCAGACCCGGAUUCGCCCAAUUCCAUCACCAGAGGUGGUUUCUCUUGAGACUCUUUACUGGGCAUCAGUAGAAGAAUAUAUUCCCAAAUGGGAACAGUUUCUUUUAGGAAGAGCACCAUAUCCUAUCGGUGUUGAAAAUGAAAAUGAAGUAGAAAAUACCGUUCAGAAUGAGGCACAGUGAUAACUUCUUCACAUACUCUUUUCAACAAAAAAAAA